GUGCAAGUAAAUAAGUAGUGUCUGCACUCCGCAGUCGUACGCUAGUAGGAAUCCGCACACGUAAGUACUUAGUGCGUGCCGCUUGCUUACACCAUCAGUCACUCAGCAUACCACACCAACCAACCAACCUACCUACCCAGCCCUCUCGCGACCAAUACAUUCUCCAUUCGAUAUGAGCCAACCCCCUACCUCUCCCGAUACCCCUGGCAUCGCAUUACUAGAGCACGUUAAUAUCAACAUAGACAAACAGAACCGAAAUGAGAGUCUGCGCUUCUAUUCCGAGCUCUUGAACUUACCACCUGAUGUGCGCCGAGUGGAGCACAUUGAACAUCUGGGGGAGAGGACUGUGUGGUUCAAUCUGGGCCCCUCCCAGAUGCAUCUACCCAAGGGGACCACCAAUCAACGCGUUCGAGGCCACCUCGGCAUGUAUGUGCGGGAUAGCAAGAGCAUGCAGCAGCUGAAGGAACGCUUUGUGUCCACUCCGUACUUUCAGUCUGAGACAACGGAUGGCACACACGCCGACCAAACAGCCGAGCUGGUCAUCACAGGCCCUGGUGGUAAUACAUUCAAGUUCCGUGUGAUCGAUGACUUGGUGUCAUAUGAAAGCAGAGGCACGCAGUUCUCUGCGGGGCAGUCGCUGCUGAAGGACGAUGAGACCGAUGAAGUGAAGUGCCUAUAUGGGAAGAAUCCCUCUGCUGUGGAAGUCAUUGGACUGGAGUGUGUGCAUUUUAUUGUGCCAAAGGGAGCUGCGCACAGAAUCGGCGCCUUCUACAAUCACGUCUUCGGCGCAGAAACGAUGUCCAUGGGCGACGGUGCUACGCAGGUGGCUAUCAACUGGGACGGGCGAAUGCAGCAAUCACUUAUCUUCAGCGAAGUGAGUGAUAGUCUACCCGACUACGACGGUCAUCAUAUUGCCAUAUACUUGGGGAACGGCCCGGAGGGUUAUGAAAAGGCCUACAAUAACGUAGAAGGUCUGAAUUUGGUUUGGAUUAAUCCACGAUUCUCGGAUAAAGUCAGUACAUUGGAGACGGCGAAAAGUGAGAGGCAAUUCCGAUUCAAGAAUAUCGUGGAUAUCGAUACCGGAGAAACUAUAUAUGAACUGGAGCAUGAGGUGCGGUGUAGCACCCAUCCAUCGAACAGUAGCCGUAUGUAACUAUAGUUUCAAUAUUAGUAAAAAGCAUGUUCCUUCUCUCAA